CACUCAUUUCAAACUCCCAACAUUUUCAUUAUUUAUAGAGUCCCUACUCACACAUAUUUUCUCACAAAAAAAACAAAACAAAACAUCCUCAAAAUGAGUUUUAAGUGUUUUCGUUUUGUUAUGUUAAUGUUCCUUCUCACAUUCACUUCUCAUUCUCAUGUGAGUGGAAGCUAUAUUCGAGACAAGAAACAUUCCAACUACCGCAGUUUCCCGAACCAGUUUCUGAUUCCUCAGAACAUAGCUCGGGCUGCGGUAGGUUUACAUCCUUUAGUAUGGGACGAAAAGCUGACACACUACGCGCAAUGGUACGCGAACCAACGGCGUAACGACUGUGCGUUGGAGCAUUCUAACGGACCUUACGGCGAGAAUAUUUUCUGGGGGAGUGGUAUUGGAUGGAAUCCUGCACAAGCAGUGGGUGCUUGGGUUGAUGAGAAACAGUAUUACAAUUAUUGGCAUAACUCUUGCGUUGAUGGAGAAAUGUGUGGACAUUAUACACAGGUUGUGUGGGGUGCAACAACCAAAGUAGGAUGUGCUAGUGUUGUUUGUUCUGAGGGUAAAGGUACUUUUAUGACAUGUAACUAUGAUCCUCCUGGGAAUUACUAUGGAGAGAGACCUUAUUGAAGAAAGAAUUGAGACAAAUACAGCUCAAUGAUGCUGUUGUCAUUUAGGUUUAUAGGGUUAUCUUGUUUGUCUGGUGCUCUGUUUGACAUGUGGUGUUAUUGAUUGUAAAUUGUCUCUUGUGUUGAGUUGUUUAACUCUUCUUCUGUAUCUCUGUUUUUAUUGCUUGCUUAAUGGAGUAUGGAUAAUUAUUAAUGUA